AUGGCCAAGAUCCUGGAAGAAGAGGAGGAGGAAGAUGACGACUUCUUCAGCUCAAGCGGCUGCGGGUGCUUCCUCUGCGCCAUCAAAGAGCCGGACGCCCGGCUCCGCCUGGCCAACCUCUCUGCCUUCUUCAGGGAGCUACCAUACUGCGAGGAUGAAGGCGGCACCGGCGGCGGCAGUGGCCAGUCGUGUGCCGUGGCGGUUGGUGCCGUGUGGCGGGCGGCCAUGUCCGCGCCCGAUGACCCCGAGCUCCCCUCGCUCGGCGCGAUCCGGUGCAUGUCCCUUCUCCUAGCCCGCGCGCUCGCCGACGCGGCGUGGCUCCGUCGCGGCGACAACGUGUACGUGCCGUACUACGCGGCCCACGUCAUCGGCUCGUACACCAUCCGCUCCUCCGCGCACGCCGAGCUGACCGUCGCGGCCGGGGCCGUGCGCCCCCUGCUGGCCCUACUCGGCGGCGCCAUGACGUGGGUCGAGCAGCGCGCGGCCGCGCGAGCCCUGGGCCACCUCGCCAGCUACGAGCCAACGUUCCCGGCCGUCGAGCGCCACGCCACCGAGGCGGUGCAGCUCGCCGUGCGUUCCGCGUCCACAUGCAUCGGCGACGUCUACGCCAACUUCGUCACGCUGGCACCGAGCAGGCGGCCGAAGUACCAGCGCGACCUCAUGACGUUCGGGCUCGGCGGCGGAGCCGACGCCGAGGACAGGAAGGCGGAGGAGUGGGCGAGCCAGCUCCAGUGCUGGUCGCUCUACCUACUGAGCUGCCUCGCUUCCAGGGACCUGUCAUCUCAUGCCAUGAUAUGCCAGGACGCCUUGUUCUUGAGCGAGCUGUCCCGGAUGUGGGGCGGACUGGCGAACGGCGACUCGCCCGCCGGCGUCGGGUUGCUGCGUCUCCUCUGUAGGAGCCCAGUCGGCCGCGCCGCCAUCGCUGCGUGCCGCGAUGCGCUGUCCAGUCUUUGUGACCUCGCGCGCUCGUCCGAUGACUGGCAGUACAUGGCCGUAGAUUGUUUGCUCCUCCUCCUCGACGACCGCGCCACAUGGCACGCCGUUGCUGAUGCCACGGCGUUGUGCCUCUCUGACUUGGUCGAUCUCCGGCACCUCGGUCCAAGGCGACGACUCGGCGACGCCAUUGCAACUGCACUGCUCCUUGAUGACGGCCAUGUCGUCGGUGACCGUGAACUAGGCGGGGAAGCAAAAAGGGCGAUCGCCAGCGUGAGAGAACUGAAGGGAGAGAGGAAGGAGAGAGAGGAAGCAAUGCCUAGGGAUGAGUUGCUGAAGAGAGAGAUCUUAGCGAAGGAGAAGAAGAGGCAAGGCAACGACAGCUUCAUGCAUGGCGACGUCGACAAGGCCAUUGAUCAUUACACCGAAGCUUUGGAGCUGUGCCCCCUGAGCAGGAGGAGGGAGCGUCUGGUGCUGCACAGCAACCGCGCGCAGUGCGGGCUCGCGCGGCGCGAGGCCGACGCGGCGGCGUACGAUAUGAAGGGCAUGGCCAGGGAGAGCCUCCUUGACUGUCUGGCCUUCGCCGGAGCAUGGCUCGACGGCCGGAAGCACCCUCGGAGGGCGGCCCGCGGUGCGACCCCGAAGCUGCCGUACUGCGUCGUUCGGAUGAUCAGCAAGCAGAUGAGCGUGACGGGUCUGUUCGCCGGCGUGACGAUGAAGGACAACAAGGUGGAGAGUGAUGAUUUCAUGCCACGGUGCAGCGAAAACAACGACGGGGACGAUGAGGACGACGAAGAUAAUGACCCGGAUGAUGACGAUGAAAGCGAGGUGGAAUUUGCUGAUAAAGCUGGUUUGAAGAUGUGCACGUCAGGAAGAGAGUUGCCAAUCAUCACAGGAGAUGCUUGGACGAGGUUGUCCCGGAGGACAUAA